GAGGUAUAAAUUGAUAUUUGCCCUAAUUUAUUUUUAAUUCAAUUUUGAACAGUUUUUUUUUAAAAAAAAAUAAUAAAGAAAUAAAUAAAUGAGUAGAGUGGAAGUCCCAAUUUUAUGCAACAUAUAAUUUGCUCUUUCGCUUUACCUUCUUCUUCAAAAUCACAGCUCAACUACGCUGUUUCAUGGAGCCAAUCAGCGACCCACCACCAUUUUGGUCGCCGGUGCACCGCCGCAGGCCUAGUUCGGUGAAGAAAAGCUGGGAUUCCAUCAAUGUUUUCCUUGUUCUGUUUGCGAUUAUCUGCCACAUUUUUGCUAGACGAAACGACGACGUACCGACCGCCGCCGACGGAGAUAACCAUGGUUUUGAUCGGAGAACGGUUGAUACCGGUGGAGUUAAGGUGAACGGGGACUCGGAGUUAUCGCAGCAGUGGUAUGGAUUUGCGGAGAGGAGAUUUUCCGAUCCGGCGGGGAGAACGCCGGUGACGACGAGGUUGAGGAGGAAUAGCUCUUAUCCAGAUCUGAGGCAGGAAUCGCUAUGGGAAAAUGGAAAUGAUGGGUACCAGUUCCGAUUUUUUGAUGAUUUUGAAAUAAACAAGUUUCGUUCGCGAUCCUUCGCGCAUCAAACUCGAGGAAGUGAAAGAGAAGAAUCACCGGCGGAGAUUAAGGUUAUUCCGGUUGAUUCGUUUGUGGCUAAUUCCUCGUCGGCGCCUCAGAGAAUGAAGUCUCCUAAUCCUCCGCCUCCACCGCCGCCGCCGCUGCCGGUUACUCAGAGGAAAUCGAGGCGGACGUAUCAGACUAUCCAGAAAAAGGAGGAAGUUCGAGAGGUCCAUACGGAGAAUAACGCUGAAUUCGUGAAGUCGCAAUCGCCGCCGCCUCCGCCGCCACUUCCGCCGCGAACAGUUAUUCCUCCGUCGCCGGUUCGUGUUCGAUUAGAGGAGAAAUUUGGAAAUAGUGUGUGGAAGAAGACAAAUGUUAAGAAAGAGAUAGGAAUGGCGUUGGCUUCACUGUAUAGGAAGAGAAAGAAAAAACAGAAAGCUAAAGAUGUCUACGACGCCGACCGACGAUCUCCAACCGAACAACGACCGCCGCCGCCACCUCCACCUCCACCUCCUUCCGUCUUCCGCAUAUUCAAAAAAUCAAGCAAGAACAAGAGAGUUCACUCCGAAUCUACACCGCCACCGCCGCCGCCUCCGCCUGUCUCAUCGUCAUCACGUUCAACAAAGAAGAAAAUCCAGAUCCCGCUUCCACCUUCACCGCCACCGCCACCAUCAUCACGCCGACCGCCUCUACCGACGAGCGUCCAUAAUUCCUACAUCGAAAACCAAAGAAUAAACAGCCGGGCACAGAGUCCCACAGCAACAAUUCCACCACCGCCGCCGCCGUUCAAAACGACGACGGACGUAAAAUCCACAGUUCGAAGCGACACUGUGGAGUCACGGAGCUCCGAAACCUCUCGUUGCGGAUCUUCGGAUCCAGAAAACGUCAAUCCAUCAUCGAUUAAGGAGACGCCGGAGCCGUUCAGCGAAGAGAACGGCGGGCCGGAGUGGGGCCGGUGUUCUGUCCAGCCCGGACGUUAACGUAAAAGCUGCAAAUUUCAUUGCAAGGCUGCGAGAUGAGUGGAGGCUGGAGAAGAUGAAAUUCGGUUAGAGAGAGAGAAAGAUGGGCCAAGGCCAAAUUACGAGAUAAAGACGGGCCUUGGCCCAAAUUAGGACUCUGAUUGUGGUUUUUUUUUUCAUCUCUCAGAGCCUUUCCU